AUGUCGGAAGAAAAAUGCUGUAGAGCCGAGCUGGAGCUCGAAGCCGCCUCAGCGAAGCGAAUAGCCCUUGUUGGAGUCACAGUGUCCGUUGUGGCGGUGUGUGUCGCAUCGUUGGUGAUUCCCAUGCUCUACACAUACGCAAUGACCGUGCAAAGCGGGCUUCAGGAGGAGCUGAUCUUCUGCCAGCACAGAACCAACACCUUGUUUGGAGAGUUCGAUAGGGUAGGACAUGAGUAAAGAAAACGCUUCCGGAUGUCAGUUAUCUACUGAAUUUAAGAAAUAAGAGCUAUAUGUACCCAAAAAUUCAAAGCGACAUUUUAUACGAUGAAGUCGAAAAAACUUGCAACAGGUUUUGUCGUAUAAAAUAGCGCUUUCCCAGUGGCUUGUAGAGAGAGAUUUUUUACUGCAAAAAUUCACUGGUCAUUCUCCUAAAGCGACAUUUUAUACGAUGAAACUUGCCAAAAAAUUUCCAGCAGAAUUUCGUAUAAAAAGGCGCAUUGUUAGUGGUUUUUAGAGAGAAAUUUUCCAACUUGGUUUGAAAUUUCAUUACAGUCAGCAUCCGAGCGACAUUUUAUACAAAGAAACUUGUCCAAAAUCUUCGUGGACAUGUUCCAUCGUAUAAAUGGUACUAUUUCAAAAAUUUGUAGAAAUAUCAGAAAUGCCCUGAAUUUCAAUUUCCUAAAAGUUUCCGGCCAAAAAAUCCCGUUUCCUAAUCUUUUUUUGCCUUUCAGUUCGAACGCACCCAACGUAAAGGCGCCUACCGCGCGAAACGCGCCGUCAACGGCCGCUUCUUCAUCGCGGGCGGCCGCAACGGUCUUGCCCAAGCCUCGUUCGCGCACUCCGGAAUCCGUCGUUUCGGCCGCGCCGACUCCUACGCAGGCCAAGCCGCCGGCUACGCAGCGGCGGGCGUCAACUCCCAACCCGACUACGCGCCACCGCCGGCCGCCACAAUUGCGCCCGCCCCGGAGAACAACGCCGGCAACUACGACGGCGGCGAUUCGGCGCCGGCUCCACCGCCGCGAACGCCGCCAGCGGCUGCCGCUUACGGCGGAGAGGAGGCCGAAGCCCAUGAGGAGCCCGCUACGGAAGCGCCAACUACGGCGGCGCCAACGACCGCUGCGCCAGUGGAGAAUGCGCAAUGCUCGUGUGGAGCGGGAUUGGCCGGACCACCUGGACCACCCGGCCCCGAUGGAGAAGAUGGUAGGAUUUUUUUUUGAUUUUUUACCUAAUUUUUGAGCGAAAAAUCGUUUUUUUGCGAUUUUUUGGGGAGAAAUUCUAUUUUUCCAAAAAAUGCGUCAUGAUGACACACUUUCAAAUUUUUCAAAAUUAAUCCUAAGGAGUUGAAAAUGAAUUUUCACGAGUUUUUAUGCGAUUUUAGAGCUUUUCAAUUUUUUCCAAAAAAUCCGUCAUGAUGACACAUUUUUACGCUGCUUAACAAUGCAGUAAACUAAUUUUUACUAUGUUUUACAAGGGUUUCUAUAAUUUUAGACCAAAAAAUUAUUUUUCCAAAAAAUCCGUCAUGAUGACGUGUUUUCAAAAAGAUCUUAAAAAUAAAAAAAUACCUAAAAUGUACUUUAUAGUUAUCUGUAGAGCCUCCAAAAAAAUUUUUUGACAAAAAAUUCCAUCAUAAUGACGCAUUUCCAGCGUCAUGAUGACAUUUUUCGGAACUUCCAGAAAACCUCUGGAUUUUUUCGUAUUUCCAGUUUGGUUGAUUGAUUUAGUGCGGGCACUUGACUCUUACGUGAAAACUGGCUAAACGAGCGCUUCUGCGACGUCGUCGUUUUUUUUUUUUUUGGGAUUUCCGUUGCAAACCCGUUUCUCCACGGCACUGGUUUCGAAAAACAAUCAAACCGCGCCGCUAAUGUGUUAUGGGACUUUUGACACCAUUCAUCGUGCGAAAAUUGACGAAUUCGAAGAAUUAUGAGGAUUAGCAGAGUGCAAGGGGCUAAAAUAUUCAAAUUUUUAAGAAAAAUGACAAAAAAGUCGUAAAAAAUUUCAAAAUUUGUCGCGGAAAAAAAUAAGAGGCUUCAAAAUGAUGAUUAUGAGUGGUGUUUAAUCCAUUAGUAGCGAUUUUACGACAAAAUGCAGAAUUAUGCAAAUUUUUUAAAAUUUUUAUUUUGCCUAAUAUACGAUGUAAAAAUGACGUCAGUACCCCUAGAAAUAUAAUUUCUCGAGGUUUUAUGAAAUUAUGCAAUUUUUUUUAAAAUUUGCAUAAAUUUUGAAAAACUAAAAUUUAGCGGCCAGAUCAAGUCUACAUGCUUUUUCAAGCAUGGAAAAUCAUAAUUUUAAAAUCUCAGCGACUUCUACAAACUAUUACCCCAAAUUAACCCUCAAAAAAUUGCAGGAAAGGACGGAGAAGCCGGCAAAAACGGUGACAACGGAGCCGACGCCCCUCAAGAAGUCUCCAAGAACCCGCCAGAGCCCUGCUUCAAGUGCGAGGACGCGCCAGCCGGCCCGGCCGGUGCUCCCGGCCCCAAGGGUCCCAACGGUCAGCCCGGAAAGAACGGCGAAGACGGACAACCCGGAGCGCCCGGUCCCGCCGGAACCGUGGGUCCAGUCGGAGCGCCCGGAACUCCCGGCCCCGCCGGAGAGCCAGGGCCGGCCGGAGAGCCGGGCCAGUUGUCCGACGUGCCCGGCACACCAGGCCCACCAGGUCCACCAGGGCCGGCCGGUCCCGCCGGAACUCCCGGACCCGCCGGAGAGCCUGGAAAGUCGCAGCCCGGUCCACAAGGGCCUCCCGGAGACGCCGGCAAAGACGGAGCGCCGGGUGCGCCAGGAGCGCCCGGAGAGGCCGGUCCUCAAGGAGAGGCUGGUGCUGGAGGCGAAUGCUCACACUGUCCUCCACCACGUACCGCUCCCGGCUAUUAG